CCGGAUGAGGUUUGUCCUGCGCGGCUCGCUGUAGUUGCCGGGUGCUGGAGGUCAGGAGCUCGUAUGUAACAUCCACUGCGAAAUCCCGAGAAAGCGCCAAAAGCAGCGAGUUUAACGCGAAGCUGCGGACACAUGCGCCGCUCACGACUCUGUAAAUCUCGUCUCCAAUGAGCCGAGGAGCCGCUCACGGCGAAGAAAAGCUCGCUGAAAGAACCGCGGAGCGACCGAACCCUGUCCGUCCGGUUUGUCCUACAAAGGCGCUGGGGAGUUUGACAGCGGUAGGACGCGAGUGCGCAGGCCCGACGGUUCAACUGCCGGCGGAGGAAACUACAUGAGACGAUAAAAAGAAAGACUGUGUCGUUACCGUAGAGGACAAGAAGCUCCGCCAUGAGGAAGGACGUGAGGAUACUGCUCGUAGGGGAACCCAAAGUGGGGAAGACAUCCCUGAUUAUGUCUCUGGUCAGUGAAGAGUUUCCUGAUGAGGUUCCCCUCCGAGCUGAAGAAAUCACCAUCCCAGCAGACGUCACCCCAGAGAGGGUGCCCACACAUAUUGUGGACUACUCGGAAGCAGAACAGUCAGACGAGCAGCUGUAUCAAGAAAUAUCCAAGGCAAAUGUUAUUUGCAUAGUUUACUCCGUCAACAACAAGAAGUCCAUUGAAAAGGUGACAAGCCACUGGAUUCCCCUCAUAAAUGACAGAACGGAUAAAGAUAGCAGGGUACCAUUAAUCCUCGUGGGGAACAAGUCGGACCUGGUGGAACACAGCAGCAUGGAGACCAUCCUGCCAAUCAUGAAUCAAUACCAAGAUAUUGAGACCUGUGUAGAGUGCUCUGCCAAAAACUUGAAAAACAUCUCUGAGCUGUUUUAUUAUGCCCAGAAGGCCGUUCUCCACCCGACAGGACCCCUGUACUGCCCAGAGGAGAAGGAGCUGAAGUCCUCUUGCAUUAAGUCUUUAACUAGAAUCUUUAAAGUGUCUGACCUUGACAACGACGGAAUUCUCAAUGACAAUGAGCUCAACUUCUUCCAGAGAACAUGUUUCAAUACGCCACUGGCACCACAGGCCUUAGAGGAUGUAAAGAACGUUGUCAGGAGGAACAUGGGAGAUGGAGUCACGGACAAUGGACUCACACUCAAAGGCUUCCUGUUCCUGCACACCCUCUUCAUACAGCGAGGUCGACACGAAACCACCUGGACUGUGCUAAGACGGUUCGGUUAUGACGAUGACCUGGAACUCACCCAGGAAUACCUGUUCCCCAUGAUAAAGAUCCCUCCUGACUGCACCACUGAGCUGAAUCACAACGCUUACCUCUUCCUUCAGAGUGUGUUUGACAAGCACGACAAAGAUAGAGAUUGCGCGCUGUCGCCAGAGGAGGUGAAGGACUUGUUCAAAGUGUUUCCCUACAUGCCUUGGGGUCCGGAUGUCAACAACACUGUUUGCACUAACGAUCAGGGAUGGAUCACAUACCAGGGAUACCUCUCGCAGUGGACGUUAACAACGUAUCUAGAUGUACAGCGUAGUUUAGAGUAUUUAGGUUACCUGGGCUACUCCAUCAUCUAUGAACAGGAGUCCCAAGCAGCUGCUGUUACAGUGACACGUAACAAGCGCAUCGAUCUACAGAAGAAACAGACCCAGCGCAGCGUCUUCCGCUGCAACAUUUUGGGAGCGCGGGGUAGUGGGAAGAGCGGUUUCCUCCAAGCUUUCCUGGGCAAAAAUCUGCAGCAUCAGAGGCGGAUUAGAGAAGACCACAAGUCCCUCUACGCCAUCAGCACGACCUAUGUCUAUGGUCAGGAGAAGUACCUGCUGCUCCAUGAGGUGAUGCCAGAUUUUGACUUCCUGUCAGAGGAGGACUUAGCCUGUGACGUGGUCUGCCUGGUGUAUGACAUCAACAGCCCACACUCUUUUGAAUACUGUGCCAAAGUGUACAAGCAAUACUUCAUUGACAGCAAGACGCCAUGUGUGGUGAUCGCUGCCAAGUCAGAUCUGCACGAAAUACGGCAGCACUACAGCCUUUCACCGCACGAGUUCUGCCGUAAGCACAAGCUUCACCCACCCCAGCCGUUCACGUGCAACACGACCGAAGCACCCAUCAAAGACAUCUACACUAGACUCACAACCAUGGCCAUGUAUCCGCACAUGGCUCAGGCAGACCUGAAGAACUCCACCUUCUGGCUGAGAGCGAGCGUCGGUGCCACCGUGUUUGCCGUGCUGGGCUUCGCCAUGUACAGAGCUCUGCUCAAACAACGGUGAUCAGACGGCAUGACACAACCACUUCCUUCCCCAGGUCCCUCUGUUGACUUUGCUCGUCCCCUCCUCCCAGAAAGACUCUCAAAGACUUGACUAACCAACCGACCAGGCUCAUCGCCUCAACAUCCUCCCCACCAUCCUCGAACAAGAACAAAAAUCAUCGGUACAUUUUAUAUGCAAUUAAAAAUAGUUUGGGUUAUUUUUUUUGUUAACGUGGGGAUAAGGUGGACAGCAACAUUUGAAAUAUCCCUUGUCCAUGCUGACAGCCUGUGAUCUGUUUGACGAGUUCGGAUCAGAUCAGAUGUUUUUAGCUGAUUCAGCUUUGUUUCCCCUCAGGUCAGUAUUAUUAGUGAGACGGCUGGAGAGCAGAGAGAGAGGCAGCCAUACACAGAAACACCACAAAGGGACGUGAAUCUGUUUUUAGUUGUGUAUAUGCAGUAUAUCAUAUAUGUAUUCCUUAAACUAUUUUAGGAUCAGCCCCGUAGGCAGCGCCACAAGCCAGAAGAAACACGGUGUUAGUACGAACAGCGCUACAUCUAACACUUGAAAUGUCAUGGAUGUCAUGCACUUGUUUAUUUUGUGUGUUAAUUUAUUAACCUGUUUCUUUGUUUUCUUGUCUGUAUUAAGUGCAUGAGAUGGAGGGACUUACAUUUUCUAUGUAUUUUUGUAUUUAGUAUUAUCAAAGCUGUCCUCGUGGUUUAUCAUUUAUGACUUUGUUUUUAUUUUUUUCUGGUUUUCAAAUAGAGCUUUGUUCCUCAUAUUAUAUUUUUAUGAAUAUAGAGGCACCAUAGAGCAGGGGAUUAUGCUAUUAACAGCCAUUCAGCGCACCUCCUCCACCUUAAAACUACGGAAGUGUUUCUUGUCAUUCUCUUUUCCAAACAUUUACAAUGGAGAGUUCUAUCUGGCACAGCCGCACGUGUGUUUCUGGACGAAGCGACUGCUAAUUUAACAACAGGCAGGAAAAUAAAGUGGUUUUAAAUAUCUGUAAUAAAUGACAUUUACACCCUC